AUGAAUAUUUAUGGAAAGGUUUUAUUAAUUUUCUUGAUUACAUGUUACUUAUCAACAAUCAAUUUUGUAGAAAGUUCUCCUAUUUUUUUAAAACAUCAAUACAUUGAUGGAGGAAGAAGUAGAAGAAAUGUUGCUCAAUUAGAACGUUUAUUACUUCAAAUAGUUGAAAAUAACAGGGAUCAUAUUUCAAUAAGACCAGGAUAA